AUGAUCCUGCUAUCAUUCAUAUUUAAAUUAUAUUCAUUGAUUCUCCUUCUUCAUCCCCACAAUCAAAGAUUAUCCCCCUCCAUUUCCACAAUAUUAUUAAUUCCAAUAUCCACCCUUUUCGCAACAACAAUAACAGCCGCCUCAGUCGGACAAGUCCUUGCCCCAGAAUAUGGAACCUACGUCAACCCCAACCCCCGUUCAUUCACCAAAUGUGAUCCAAACGACCCAAUUAAACUAUCUGGGUGUUGCAACGAUGUAUUAUCCCGCUUAGACGAAUGCCGAGCUGAUGAUUUAGCAUGUGAAUGUUGUGCACUUCAAAGUAUUGAACAGGAAUGUUAUCAUUUAUGUCCCGGGAAUCCACUGGCUAAUUUCUUGAGUGUUUUGAUGAAUGAUUGUGCUGAAUUGAGUGAGAUUAAUGCUUGUUCUUUGCCGUUUAAGAAGGAUGAUGAAGAUAAUGAGACGAGUAGAAAACUUAGGAAGAAAUUCAAGGGUGUGAGUGGAAAAGAAAAGGAAGAGGAGGGUGAAGGGAAUGGGAAGAAGAAGAAUGGGUUGAAGGAUGUUGGAAAUGAUGGGCUGGGGAUGGCGGCAGUGACUUCGAUUAAAAGUAAAGUGAAGGAUGAGUAUAGUGAUUCGUUGCCUAAUCCACCAACAUUUUCAGAACCAUUUAGAAAUAAGAAGAUUAAAUUGUUGUUAGAUGGAGAAGAAGUGGUAGAUGAAGAUCAUAAAGACAAAGAAGAGGAGGAAGACGACAAGGAUGAACAUAUGCCAAGCAAGAAUAAGGUUAAGCAUGUUAAUUCUACAAAUAAUACGAAUGUUUCCGGUUCUCAACUGGAUAAUGGAUCUAAUGUUUCUAGAUCAUCAGCUACAACUACAUUUAUUCUUCUUUUCAUUUGCUUCUUAGUAGCAUUAAACUAA